AUGGAAAGAAACAAGGACUUUUCUCAUCUACAUCAAGAACAAGAUCAGCAACCAUCUGAUGGUUUGGAGAUUUGUUUGAGAACGAAAUUGCAGAACUCAUCACCAUUACCUUCUGAGUGUUGCAUCUAUACGGUCCCGGGGCGGCUACGUCUUGCAAAUGCAACGACCUACACCCCUCGGGUCGUUUCCAUCGGGCCACUUCACCAUGGUGAAGAAAGCUUGCGAGCCAUGGAAAAAUAUAAAAUGCUGUAUCUCAAGAGUUUUCUAGAACGAACGAAGAUGAGCUUGAAGGACUACAUUGAGUUGGUGAGGAAAAGGGAGCAGAAAGUGCGAAAUCAAUAUGCCGAAAACUUUGAAAGUACAAGCAGCAAUAAAUUUGUGGAAAUGAUCCUUGUGGAUACUGCCUUUGUCAUUGAGGUUUUGUGUAAGAACCACUCCAAAGAACUGGUAGAGGAAAAUGAUCUAAUUUUUAAUAGGCCUUGGAAGGUUAAGGAGGUAAGGGAAGAUAUGAUGUUGUUGGAAAAUCAACUUCCAUUCUUCAUGCUUGAAGAUGUCUUGUCCUUGGCCAAAAUAAGGGUUUCUCUUGGCAACAAUAAUGAGAAGUUAGUUUCCCUUAGUAGUGAGCAAAUUUCCCUCAUUAAGCUUACUGUUGGGAUUUGUUUUCCAAAUUAUCUGCACAAGGCCAGAGUCAAGUGUGAGGUGGGAUCAUCUAGAAACUUGUUCGAUAUACAAUUUCGCAACAGAGUUCUGGUGAUUCCGCAAUUACAGAUUAGGAGCUCGACUCAGAGCUUCUUUUUGAAUCUGCUCGCAUUCGAGCAAUGUCGCUUGCGCAAUUGCUACAUCAGUAAUUACUUUUUCAUCCUUGACCGUCUCAUUGACACGACAAGUGAUGGUCAGUUGCUUGGUCAAAGUGGAGUAAUCGAAAGUAAGCUAUCGGAUAACCAAGAAGUGGUAGCAUCAAUCAAUCACCUUGCCCUAGGGAGUUUUUGGCGCCGUAAAAGGUUUCACUUUAAUGAACUUUGUGAUGGACUGAAUGCUCAUUAUGCUAACCCUUGGAACAAUUGGAUAACGACCAUAAUACAUAACCAUUUUAGCUCUCCAUUGACCAUCUUUGUUGUCACCACAGCUGCUGCCCCAUUUACACGUUCUCUUAUUCAAACAGUGUGUUCAUGUGGAGUUCAGUUUAAGUAG